AUGAGUUAUCAAAGAGGCGGAGGAAACAAACCGCGAGGUUUCGGAUUCACGAGCUUUCAAAUGGGCUCAAAGCGAUCUGGAGUUAAUAUCCCGCCACCCGCGUCAAUAAACACCUCGUCGUCGUUGAGCAAGCAAGGCUAUCACACGAUGAACUCUAUUACGGAGAAUGCGCUGUCAGCGUGCUGGGGCAUGCCCAAAAAAAGGACCAAGACCGAAGAUGAGUACUUUGAAGAUGAUGAUGAGACACCAGCGAGUACUCUAGAGUACAUUCCAGCUCCAGGUUCACCGACUUAUGAGCUGAUGAACCAGAAGUCCAAGAAGAAUGACAGUGACAGUGAGGAAGAUCCUCUGGAUGCUUUCAUGGCUGGGAUUGAUGCUGAAGUUCAAAGGAAUAAUAAAGCUGCGUUGGCUUCCACGGCAGAAGAUUCCGAAAAGCAAGACAAAUCUCAUAAGGGAGUUAGGCAGGAUAUUGAUGAGGAAGACAAUGAAGAAAGUUACUACAGGUAUAUGGAAGAAAAUCCAACAGCGGGAUUGCAGCAAGAAGAGUCUGACACGGAGAUUGAGUAUGACGAGGAUGGAAAUCCUCUAGCCCCACCAAGAAAAAAGGAGAUUGAUCCUCUACCGCCGAUUGAUCAUUCAGAAAUCGAGUAUGAACCUUUCGAAAAGAAUUUCUACAAUGUCCAUGAGGACAUUGCGUGCUUAACAAAGAGCCAGGUUGAUGAAUUAAGAAAGACUCUGGGGAUCAGAGUAUCUGGAGCAGCUGCGCCGAAACCGGUCGCCAGUUUUGGACACUUUGGGUUCGAUGAUGCGCUGAUAAAAGCUAUCAGGAAGAAUGAGUACACCCAGCCGACUCCAAUUCAAGCUCAGGCAAUUCCAACCGCGUUGAGUGGUAGAGAUUUGAUCGGUAUUGCCAAAACAGGUAGUGGUAAAACCGCGGCUUUUAUUUGGCCGAUGCUGGUGCACAUUAUGGACCAGAGAGAGCUUAAAGAAGGAGAUGGUCCUAUUGGAUUAAUUUUAGCGCCUACACGUGAAUUAUCACAACAGAUCUUCCAUGAAGCCAAAAAAUUCGGCAAGAUUUACAACAUCCAAGUGUGUUGCUGCUACGGAGGAGGAAGUAAGUGGGAACAAAGUCAAGCUCUAGCUAAUGGAGCUGAAAUUGUAGUCGCUACUCCGGGAAGAAUGAUUGAUUUGGUUAAAAUGAAGGCUACAAGUCUUAGUCGGGUUACUUUUUUGGUACUCGAUGAAGCUGAUAGAAUGUUUGAUAUGGGUUUUGAACCACAAGUAAGGUCAAUUUGUAAUCACGUAAGACCAGAUAGACAGACGCUGAUGUUCAGUGCAACCUUCAAAAAACGAAUUGAGAAAUUAGCGCGUGACGUGCUAACAGACCCGGUGAAAAUAGUCCACGGUGAUGUGGGAGAAGCUAACACAGACGUAACACAGCACGUGAUAGUUUUCAACAACAACCCGACUGGCAAGUGGACCUGGUUGCUGCAGAACAUUGUCGAGUUUCUGAGCGCCGGAAGUCUGUUGAUAUUCGUAACUAAAAAACUCAACGCCGAAGAGCUCUCUAAUAAUUUAAAGUUGAAGGAACACGAGGUGAUGCUGCUGCAUGGAGACAUGGACCAGGUUGAGAGGAAUAAAGUAAUUACUGCAUUUAAGAAGAAGGAAGUGAGUAUUCUGGUGGCGACUGACGUUGCAGCACGUGGUCUGGAUAUUCCUCACAUCAGAACGGUGGUUAAUUAUGACAUCGCGAGGGAUAUUGACACUCACACUCAUCGGAUUGGAAGAACUGGGCGUGCUGGAGAAAAGGGUACUGCUUAUACGCUAGUCUCUGAGAAGGACAAAGAGUUUGCUGGGCAUUUAGUCAGAAAUUUAGAAGGUGCUGAUCAAGAAGUUCCCAAGAGUUUGAUGGAUCUUGCGAUGCAGAGCUCCUGGUUCCGUAAGUCCAGAUUCAAAGGUGGAAAAGGAAAGAGUUUGAAUGUUGGUGGUGCUGGAUUAGGAUUUAGAGGUAGACCUACUUCGUCGAAUCAGUUUCGAGCGUCUUCGGAUCACACGUGGGAACAAACGAUUCAGCCACCUUCCGUGGUGAUGCCACCACCACCUCCUCCGCCAGGGCCUGGUUCCGGAUCUGAAGAGUCUAAAAAUCAAACGUCUGAGAAAAGCGAUCGUAAACGUGUGAGGAAGAGUCGAUGGGAGUAA